GAAAUACACCCGUACACGGUAUAAGGGUGUACACACGUGUGAGUGUGUUAUACAGGUGAAGCUAGUUCACUCUGUUCAAACAAUAUUCUCUGUACAGGACUAAAGGGGUAUUACAUGUAUAUGUACCCUGCUUUGUAGAAUAUUUGUGUAAUUCGUUGGAUUAUAAGACUACCGUAAGCGUGUGUUGUUAAAUGGACAUUUACUAUAAUGUUCAAACUGCUUUUUGGACGAAAAACAUUCUUGACAGCUAGAGGCAUAUAUAUAAGGAAUAUAUAAACAACACAAUAGUAAUGGUGUGGGGCUGGGUACGUGGUACUGCCCAGGAGCCCCGGGGCUGGCAGCUGGCCCUGCUUGUAUUACUAACAGCCUUAUACACCGCGGCACAAGAGUCCACAACUCUAAGAACAACAGAUACAGCAAACUCCACCAGUUCGUCCUCGCCCGAAUUAUCAGUAUCAACAACAAAGUCAUCUACAACAACAUCGUCAACUACAUCGUCCCCGCUGCCCACGGACACAUGGACAAUCCUCACAGAAGGAUAUUUAUUGAUGAACCCUAUUGUGACCACCUUACUAGACCCUAAACUUGAACUUGAGCUGACUUUUAAAACUAAGCAGCCCCAUGGAUUACUGUUCUGUCACCUUGUGACACCAAACCCGUCACAGGACCUGUAUUAUGGACGACUCACUGAGGACCUUGAGGUGUACCAUUUCUGUGCCGAGUUAUACCAAGGAUCUCUUCGUGUGACACACAGGCUUAACCAGUAUGAGGACAUAUUUUCCAUAGGCAAAGAAUACCAUGACGACCAGUGGCAUGAGGUCAAAGCCUCUCUUGACACAUCCUCUGGUCAUCUUAAAGUGACCAUGGAUGGAGUCAUCCAUAAUGAGCGUGUACGGGCGUUUACAUGGAUAAAACCUUCGGACUUCCUGGACCCCGAUCUCCUGUCACCAGUCAUACGAUAUGGAAAUGGCGCAGAUCUUGACCAGUUCGUAGGAUGUCUGCGGGAUCUUGUGUUCAAGGGAGAGGAAGUGAGACCAGAAAAGACCCACAGAGUAAAGGCUGGUUGUAUAGAUUUGUGUGUUACCAAUAAUUUGUGUGUGAAAGGUACGCGCUGUAUCAACCAGUACAACAACAUGCACUGUGACUGCUUUGGCUCUGACAACGAAGGCCAGUACUGUCACGACACCAAACCGACUGUGGUGACAUUGCGGGGAUAUGAGUGGAUCACAUAUCAACUUUACCAGCGGCCUAAAGACAAGAUGUUGAUGGAUAAUACUCGUAUCAGUCUCCAAUUCAAGUCUGACCGAGGGUCUGGAGUGUUAAUUUACGCAGUAGGUGGGGCUCCAUACAACAGUCAUUUGAUUGCCUCUGUCCAUGAAGGUACUGUUACAGUCUCUAUGGCGUUCGGUGAAGACGUCAUACAGGAAAGGAUGGGAAUCGGUGUUGAUGAUCAGAGAUGGCACAAUCUGACCAUUGUCCACAACCAACAGGAGGUCAAUUUCCUUCUGGACGGUAUGUCACACAGACACUCACUUGACCCACUAAACUUCCAUCUGAGCUUUGACCCACAGAUAUACUUUGGAGGGGGAGACAACUUUGUUACAACACAAGGGCUGCAGGUUACACAAAACUUUGUGGGAUGUCUCAAAAAUGUUUAUGUCAAUGAAAUAUCAGUCUUGCAUCGUCUUGUGAGAGAUGACCCUGCCACCCAACUCAAAGGAGGAAUCAUGCCGCAGCAGGGCUGUCACAAGGUCAAGGACAUCCCUAUGACCUUCCCAAAAUCGGGCACAAUGUUACUGUUUGAUGGAUAUGGAGGAAAGGACCUUACUGUUGAGUUAGAGUUCCGAACUGUUCGACAGGAUGCUGUGCUUCUAUACUUCAACCUACUCUCACCAGGCAACGUAGAUACAGGCAACUUGGAGGUUUGGGUGCGAAAUGGACAACCCCUUUUACAUUAUGUCUCAUCUCUUAGCAAUGGAAGUCACACAAGGAACACCUCUGUGGCAAUGGUUGUCAAUAACAACAGGUGGCAUACAUUGCGUUUAGAGUUUAAGGCCGGUACGGCCAAAGUUCGUAUUGGAAGUCGAUCAGUCGUCCUGGACGGUGUUGGGGAGCCUAUCUACGUCAGCGGUGCAAUCAUUGUUGGUUUUGUCCCUAAAGUCUACACAGAAAACAUAGGAUUUGUUGGUUGUAUUCGAAACCUAAAACUCCAGAAUGAGACCAUUGACCCAAUUAAAUUGAUGGACAAUCGUGAUGUUGUGGAUGGUGUGUUUUUGGACGGUUGUAAUCUAGUUGAUCAUUGUCGCUAUGGUCCCCCUUGUCAACAUGGCGGUCAGUGUUUGGCGGACUGGGAUGGUAUUUCAUGCAACUGUGAGGCUACGUCUUACUCCGGAAAAACCUGUCAUUUCCCACGGUACAAGCAGACAUGUGAUGAAUACUACCAGGCUGGGUACACAGAAUCAGGUGUUUACCUCCUGGAUGUUGAUGGCGAGGGACCAAUGGAGCCCCAUCAUGCCCAUUGCCAAAUGGGUCAUAGGACCGUUAACCCUGAAGGAGGCCCUGACAUCACAGGAGUGACUGUAGUAGAACACAAUCUUGCCCCAGAAACAACCAUACGAGACCCUGAACUGGGAGAACUCAAAAAAGUGUUAACGUACAGGGAAAUGAAUCAUGAAGUCCUUCUGCAGCUGACCAAGAUGUCUGCUGAAUGUCAACAGUAUAUAGAGUAUAGCUGUUACCGUGCUCCUAUCAGGCUUGGAGACUUGACUUUCUUCAGAGCAGCUAGUGGUCAGGGUGUGGAAUCAAUCGGUACGGCAACACCCGGACACUGUGCUUGUUCCUACGGCAACCAGUGUCCAGCCAAUGGCUGCAUGUGUGACAGAGCAAGAUCAUCUGUGGCAGUUGAUAAGGGGAAUAACUCUGUCAAAACACAAUUACCCAUCACUGAGCUAACAAUAUUGAAUAAAAGAGGUGGAUUUUCAAAGGGAACUGCAAACAUCACUUUGGGAGCCCUCAGAUGCUGGGGCAGUAAUGAUAACAGAUUAGACCAUGCUGUGACAUUUACGGGGCAGAUGGCCCAUAUCGUUCUUCCUUCAUGGACGUCUUUUGACCUACGAUUUAGUUUCCGUACUCACCAGCAGACUGCAUUGCUCUUGCACCAGAGUCCACAGUUCAAUAAUUCCAACAUGUUUACUAUAGAGCUUCUCUCUGCCCGGACUUUGCGAUUUUUCUUUUUGAUAAACAAUGUUGAGUUUGUGUCGGAUAUUCAAACGGAUGAACCUCUAAACACGGGUGAAUGGAAACAGAUUUGGGUCGAACGCAGUCAGCAUGACAUACGCUGUAGUGUAGCUAGAAAACAACAAAUCGUCACAAUACCAGAGGUCUGGACAUCAGAUGACCCCAUCUUCUCCGGACUGUUGUAUCUAGGAGGACUACCUGGGGAGAUGUUUGAGGAGACACCAGGACUGGUUGGAUGUGUUCGUGGCAUGGUCUACAAUGGUGUUCAUUAUGAUCUCACUAGUGACACUGACCCAAGUUAUCCUGAGGUAAAGCCAGGCUGUACAGCCUCAUGUUGGACCGACCCCUGUCAGAAUGGAGCAAGAUGUGUGGAAGGCUGGGGUACUUACCAAUGUAUAUGUUCUAACUCAUGGGCACACAUGGGUCACAGCUGUGAAAUCAAUAUAAAUGAAGAUGCCGUCUCAUUCAACGGAUCGAUAACAUCAUUUCUGGAGAUUGACAACGGUGAUGACCUCUCCAUGCUAGAAUCCACCAUUAUUGUAAGCUUCAGGACAACAAACCCUCGUGCCCUCCUUCUUUAUAUCUAUGAUCACCUUAACAACUUUAUCCAGCUGGAAGUGACAGGUCCGAGACGACUACGCCUCAGUUAUAACCAUUUUGAUGUGAUCAAGGAAGGUGUUCUCUUCACUGAUGGUCUGGACGAUGGCACCUGGAAACAAGCAGUUAUACAGUUCCUACAGGGUGGUGACCGAGGGGUGAAGUUGAUACUAGAUGGUCUCCAAACUAUUGUGCCAUUUCGUACCCUGAAACUCAGUCAGUACUCAGACCAACCCUUCAAUACAGGAGAGAUAAGAGAGACAGUAUUUCCAAUAAGAAAUGCAGAGUCACCUCCCUUUGUCCGCAUGUUUGUGGGAGGAAGUUCUAGUCAGAGGACCAGCAUUCCUACCCUUAAUGGUUGUAUGAGAGGACUGAAGAUUGGCAACAGAGUUAUCUCCCUUCAAGAAGAAGCUAGGCAUACAGCUGGUGUAGAGGGAGCAUGUCACAGUGGCUGUAUAAACCAGCCCUGCCACAAUGGUGGCUACUGCUGGGAGAAAUGGGGGCUCAGCGACUAUGAGUGUGACUGUACCAACACAGCCUAUGCAGGCAAACAGUGUGACAUAGAGGCAUCUGGGACAUUUGGUGGUCAGUCUGUGGUGGAAUACAUUUUCACUCCGAACGGUCAAGCACUUCGCACGUCCACUGAGAAGAUAUCCCUAGUGUUUCAGACCAAUGCAACAGGAAGUCAGCCCAUGAUCCUUAUUGUUGUUAUCAGCUCAAGCCAUACUGACCAUGAUUUUGUCACUCUGUGGAUGAAACCAGAUAGUGGUGUCCAUGUGACCACAAGUCAAGGUGGAGUUCAUCAUGGGCUGAGUCUCAAUGGAAAUUUUGCAGAUGGCAAGCCUCAUACCCUGAUAUACCAACACUCUAACUCUGAAAUGUCGCUGAAGGUACUCGGGACAACAAAUGUUGAUGUAGAGGCUAUGGAAACUGUGCCUGUCUCUAACAAUCCUCUCCAGGUCCUCGACACAGUACUAGUGGGAGGGUUUACACAAACCAGUGUGUACGAUAACUUCAGUCAUCGCAACAAAUAUCGCAACUUCACAGGCUGUUUGUCAGUGGUAAGGUUUGAACCUGUAGCUGGUGAAAGGAUAUACUUACAACAGCCCCUGAAGUCUCUCCGCGACAACAUCAAUAGCUCCAUAGUUAUUCAUGGUAACAAAGUGGAUCCGUGCUCAUCACCCAUCGCCAUAGACCUGCAGCGCGAUGCUACUACUACAACAACCCACCCAACAACGGGAAAUAGGGCUUUACAGAAGCUUAUGAUGCCUCCGUGGAACCCUGGGCCAGCAGAGACUAUUUUCCUGAACCCGCCUAAGCCUAAGACAACAACUACCACACCCGCCCCUACAACCACUGUUACUGUGUCUACGACUAUGGCAACCACACCACAGGCAAACCUAACUCGCCCAAGACCGGUCCUGGAGUCCAGAUUCAUGAAUGACGAAACCAUUGUGAUCCUGAUGUGUGUUAUUGUGUUUAUCCUGCUCAUCACAAUCAUCAUCACACUUAUCCUGUGGCGGUUUAAGAAAAAGAAGGGCUAUCGCUUUAAACAGAAGGAAGACUAUGAAAUGAAACAACCGUUAAAUCAUACUUCGGGUUCUAGUCCACCAAUCAGUCCUGCUGCAAGUGCUCCUGUCAGUCCCGCACUAAAGGACCAUCUAGCUAGACUGGACGAGUUCUCCAUGGUAUCAGCGACAUUGGGACCAUCUUUACGGCGACAUGAAAAUGGCAUCCGACCUGGAUUGGAGCCGUUGCUAAGCCAAGAAGAGGAUCAACCGGAAUAUACUAUGCAAACGUUUUUCAACAAAAAGAAAAAUCGACCGGCAUCUUCAAUCUCAGAGGUGUUGGAAGAAAUGGAGAGACAGCGUAGAAGUAGAGACCCAGAUACAGGCCGAGGGGUAGGAGAAAGCCCGCAGGAAGAGGACCCUCCUGACUUGGAUGUACCAGGGAGAAACCCUGUCGAAAAGAUUGACGACCAAGAUGUGGAAGGAAGAGAUACGGGAAGUGAUCCUCUACUGAUGGACGAGCCAGUCGCAAAUCACACAGCUGACAGUGGAUAUGAAGCAGAAUCACGCCCGCUUACCAAUACACCUUCACCCCCCUCCCCACAAAAGUCUUAUUUGGACGAAUCCAUUACCUCUCCACCUUCACCCAAAUCAUACCUGUAUGAGCUGGCUGGCUUUAACGGCAGUGAAGCUCCAAACUGUGCCUCAACGCCACGUAAAAGUUCCACAGAUAGUCCGGAGGUCAUUACGUAGAUGUUGAAAAUGAGCUACACCUAUAAUCUAUACCUGAACAUGUAGCAUGUUUGUUGGAGGCUACGAAAAGUGUUCAAGUGAUACAUAUUCCAAAGAUGUGUAUAAUGUUGACAGGCUAGAUAUUUUUUAUCAGAAGAUAAUUAAUGAAAACUGUUAAUUUAUUGACAAAUGAAAUAUUUUACUUUGAUGAAGAAAAAAUAAGAUUGCAUAUAAACACAUUAUGGGUGAAGAUAGGUAUGUCAUAUGUGCGCAACCGUUUCCUAAGCAUUAUUUACUGUUUUCAUAUACAUAUUUAUUUGUGCAAUACGAUGCAUUCCACAAAUGUUGUGGCACAAGAAAACGAUCUGUUUAUAUGUUCGAGAGGUGGGAAGGACAGAUUUCUGGAGAGUCCUCUUCUGAUGGAAUCUACUGGAUCUGUUUAUAUGUUCGAGAGGUGGGAAGGACAGAUUUCUGGAGAGUCCUCUUCUGAUGGAAUCUACUUACUGAUAUUCAUUUCUAAGUGAUUCUAAUAUUUCUUUUUAAGUAAGUUUGUUUCCCUUUGUUGGAAAACAGCAUGUGAGUUUUACGAUCUAAAGUAAUAAAAAGUGAUAGUUGCACAAUUUUGCAUCUUGUCAGCUGAAAUGACCACAAUUAAAGGUGAUUAAUUUUAUGUUUUGAUCAGCUUAAGCUGCAGAUCUUAGAUAGUGGAGACAGGAGAAUUGUAUUGAAAAAUUUGUAUUUGUGACAGUAUAAAACUCCAGUCUCGUGUAUGGAUGGAACCAUGUUUUAUGAGAAGCAGAAAUAAACAGUAUGUAAGUCUAGUGUAUAUGAGGAAGACUGGUACAUAGAUGAUAAAUAUGUACAUUUUGGUGAGUGAAUUUAGUUCUUGUGCUGUUCACUUCAGCCGUAAAGACUUCAAGAAAGGAGAAAAAGACUAUAAAAGAUAUUGUUCAUGGCACAGAUUUCCUAGUGAUGGCCAAUAUUUCAGAUGUUCUAUAAUCUUAUUAAGUUAUUAUAGAAAUUUGAACCACAGGUAAAAUGUUUUGUUGUAGCAACCUCUUCCAUUCUUCAACCUUUGCUGUGAUUGACUGUAAUAGCUUCAAUAGAAUCCUGAAGAUUCCGGAGAUGGAGCUGACGAUAGACUUGAAUUACAAUAUGGCUCUUUUCUUUUCAUCCCAUGUUCACUGUCAUAGUACUAUGGUAUAUUGAAUCUUACCAUCUUGACAUCCGUUUCCUUAUCAGGUAAUUUGUAUGAUAUGAGAAGCCAUUCUCUCAUCAUAUUCAGAUCACAGUUGUGAGACUGUUUUCUCUCCACCCCGUCACCCCCACCCCCACCCACACCCACACCCACACACACCCCUCCUAAAUGCACAAGAGCACAGAUCAAAUUCAUUCACCAUUUUCUAUUAUUGACUCACAUUCCGUUUUGAUUGAUAUUUACUUCACAAACAAUCAUUAGCUCAUCAUUUUCUUUUUUUUUUUAGACAUUAUAAAGAACACAAAUAAAACAUAGUCAAAUUCAUUGUGUGUCCACUUCAUGAUGGUAACUUGAUCGUUGGAAGUCCCCCGUUCGGUCUUCAGACCCAGACACAAGUUUUACACAAAUAUACAAUUAACUGCUGUAAUUUGUUGUUUUCUGUUUUAUUGGAAAGUUACAUUCAUUUUUAUUUUCCACUUGUCAAGGACUUGUCUCCAAUAUAAACAGAUUUCAAUUUUGUAAGUGAAACCAAUUAGAACUUUUUGGAUGAAAUGCCUUAUAAUUCAUAAAGUUCGGGAAAUAUUACUGAAUAGUGUUAAUCAGUGGCUCUAUGUGUUAUUAGUUCCCCAUAUAUUCCUGAUGACUUCAAAUAAUGGUAUCAACAAAAUUGUGUGUCAAUGUUACAUCCUGGUAAUUAUCAUUUCAUGUUGUAUCAUUUUUAUCUCCGAUAUUAAGAUUUGACGUACACACUCUUUACUGUUGAUGUCUUUUUGUGACAGCAGUUUCUCAUGGCAUUUAUUUGUUAUUUACAUAUUUAAAUUCAGAAAGAUCUUGUUUGAAAACCGUACAUAUUAAAGAAAUCGGGUAGCGAUUUUUUUCGCCGUUGUUCCUUGUAAAUGCCAUUGCUUUUACGUUCUUUGACCUAUGUAAUGCUUGUCAGUACUGCAUCUGUGGCUUCCGACCUAUUUUCCCCCGAGAGUUGUAAAAUGUAUGUGAACGAUGCCUUACAUCUAUCUUUUUCUCACACACCUACCUCUUUUAGUGCACUUACAAACCUGAACCGUUUACGAUAAUUGCCCCUUAUUGUGUCUCUGAUGAGAUUUCAUGUCUCAUGGUAAACUGCCACUUCUCCACUUUACACUCCCAUGUCGCCUGAAUUGUAAAUAUUCUGGUUUAUCUCGUAUACUUUUCUUUCUUCUCUACAGAUCUGUUAUUUUUUUUUUGUAAUUUUCUUUGUAUGAUGAGACAAAUUUGAUUCUAUUUAACUAUUUCUGUUAAAUAUCAUAUUAGACAGAUGCCAUUGUUUUUAACUCUGUUAACGCUCACCUUAGACCGAUUCUAUUGUAUUUUCUAUUGAUGUAGAAAGAUAUUUCUGGAAUGUUCCAGUUACUUACCAUGACUAAUUUCAAAACGAAUCCCAGGAACCAUGAUGCUAUGUUUUUUAAUGAUGUUUGAAAUUGAAUUGGCAGACUUUACAUGAGAAAAGUAUUGAUAGCCUACAAAUUAUUGUAUGGUAAAUGCAGAAAUCACUUCUUAGGAUUUUUGGAGAGUUUAAACACAAAACAAAUAUUUUCAUGGUUGUGUGUUUUGUCAUUAAAAUUGAUGAAUUACCAAUUGGUUUGGGUGUAAUUUAUCAUUCACAAGUAGAAAAAGUCCAUGAUGUAGCUUAUAAUUAGCUUGAAUGGAUACCAAGGGAAGUACAGUUUUUCUCAUGGAGGUUUCCUAAAAGGUCGUAAUGUUGUUAAUAUGCUUUUUAUGUGUGUUGCUGUUUGUGGUGCGUGGUAAAUUAUGAGGCCAAGCCUUUUUGUAAUGUACAGUAAAUGUCGGACCCAUCAAUUAUCAAAUUGUAAUUAGUAUGACAUGUUGGUCUAUGAAAUUAAAGACUUAAUUGAUCACCUGGAACUGCAAAUUAAAAAACACCGACACCAGAACUGACACAUUUUUUUUUUAAUAGAUGUCUUAUAAGAUACUGUUAUUUUAUACAAUAUCUACAUUUUACAAUUACAUAAAAUCAAAUGUUUGGAUACUUUGAUAAGUUUUCGAAAUGUGAGCGAAAAGGUUGUUUGAGAAGAAAAACAGUUAAAAAAAUUAUGUUUUCAGUGUCAGUGUAAAUCUAGGCUAUCGGUGAUGGUCCUUCAGUGGAAUGCUUAAUGUAAUGUAUUAAAAUUUUAGCAGUGCCUCUUGUGAUUUUAUACACCAGAAGUAUAAAAAAAAUUUGAUAUAGUUCCCAGCCAAGAGACUGCCAACAAAAUAGUUUCAAAUAUUGUUUGUUUAUUUACAUAUGUUUACAAUAUCUCAAAAUCAAAAUAUCUUUCGGGUUUUUUUUGUCUUUUUUUUUUUUUUCUUUUCACUGCUGGAAAAAAUCAAAUAUUUAAUUAAUGUUUGCUUGUCAACAGUAUAUAGUCAUGCUGACAGACAGUGCUGGUGUUGAAUUUACGGCACAAUGGCAGCACUCUGGCAUAUUAAAUUUGGACAUUUUUUUCCAAAUGAUAUUUGUUUUAAAAGAACAUUUUCUUAUGACAAUUCUGAUUGGUUGCAUGGUUAUUUUAUCAUUUGAUGACUAAAUACAUAUUUACCUGCAGAAAUGAUCAUUUCAUAAACAACUUAUCUUUGGGACAGAAAAUUAAUUGCAUGGUUUAAAUAAGUUCACACUGGAAACAUGGUAGGCAUCUAUUUGGAAACGUGUAAUUAAGAAAAUGUCAAAUAUUAAGCAUGUGUUGAUAUUUUUAUUGUUGAUAAAGUACAGAUGUACAGUACAAUGCCAACACAGUCCUAAAACAAGAUUUGUUUCAUUUUUAAAGUGUUGACGUCCUUGGUAAUCUUUUUUUUUUAUUUUAUCCCUAUUUAUUUUUCAAUAUAAUGACUAGUAUGUAUAAAUGAUCUGACCCCCUUGUCUAUGUGUUGGUGUGUACUACACUGCAGUGAGAUGUAAAACAUCCCAGUGUCUGUGACCUAUAUAUAUAUAUACAGAAAUAAUCUAUGCCAGUUUUGUUCAACUAUGUAUGUUUCAAUCGUUGUAGAAGUUUUCUAUUGAUGUAAUAAAAAUGUAAAAAUCCUCAAAAA